AUGCGAGGCCCGAGCAUGGUGUGGUUGCUGUGGGGCGCCGUCCUGUUGGUGGCCUCCACCACCUCUGGCAAUCGCACAGUCUCAGGAACCACUAGAUCUAAAGGAAGAAGUCUCGUGGGUAAAUCUAACUUCUCUGGGAAAGGAAGUACAGUGAAACCAGGCCUUAUGGUGGAUGAGUUUUCUACCUUGGUCCUCACUGGAAAACUGACUACUGUCUUUCUCCCAAUUAUCUACACAAUUGUAUUUGUGAUCGGUUUGCCCAGUAAUGGGAUGGCCCUGUGGGUCUUUCUUUUCCGAUCAAAGAAGAAGCAUCCUGCUGUGAUUUACAUGGCCAAUCUGGCCUUGGCCGACCUUCUCUCUGUCAUCUGGUUUCCUCUGAAGAUCGCCUACCACAUAAAUGGCAACAACUGGACUUAUGGGGAAAGUCUUUGCAAGGUACUCAUUGGCUUUUUCUAUGGCAACAUGUACUGUUCCAUUCUCUUUAUGACCUGCCUGAGUGUACAGAGGUACUGGGUCAUCAUGAAUCCCAUGGUGCACCCCAGGAAGAAGGCAAACAUUGCCAUUGGUAUCUCCCUGGGAAUAUGGCUGCUGAUUCUGCUGGUAACCAUCCCCUUGUAUGUCGUGAAGCAGACCAGCUACAUUCCAACUCUGAACAUCACUACCUGUCACGAUGUUUUGCCUGAGGAGGUGUUGGUGGGAGACAUGUUCAACUAUUUCCUCUCCCUGGCCAUUGGAGUCUUUCUGUUCCCAGCAAUCCUUACAGCCUCUACCUAUGUGCUGAUGAUCAGAACCCUCCGGUCUUCUGCCAUGGAUGAAAACUCAGAAAAAAAGAGACACAGAGCAGUUAAGCUCAUUAUCACUGUCCUGGCUAUGUACCUGAUCUGCUUCACACCUAGUAACCUUCUGCUCGUGGUGCAUUAUUUCCUAAUUAAAAGCCGGGGCCAGAGCCACAUCUACGCCGCGUACAUCGUCGCCCUCUGCCUCUCCACUCUCAACAGCUGCAUUGAUCCCUUCGUCUAUUACUUUGUUUCACAAGAUUUCAGGGAUCAUGCAAAGAAUGCUCUUCUCUGUCGAAGUGUCCGGACUGUAAAGCAGAUGCAAGUAUCCAUUUCAUCAAAGAAAUUUUCUAGGAAAUCCAGCUCAUACUCUUCAAGUUCAACCAGUGUUAAAACAACCUACUGAAUUU